AUGUAUGUGAAAUGGUUUGAUACAGUAACGUUUUACUAUGUGAUUUUAGUGUAUUUAGUGAAUGUCACUUUUUCACAUUUUUAAAUUUCCCGCCGUUCCGUCCCCCAUACGUCCCGACGUUGCAGGGAACGGAACCCAGAUGACAGAUGCUGGCAUCUGCCAGAGGACAUUGCCGGGGGCACUGCAGGAGGAACAUUGCGGGAGCGCAGGACAAGGUAAGAGAAGAACAGAUCCCGGAGCAACGCUGUAAGGUAUUCCCGAGUGUAGUUCGGGGUUACCGCUUGUGCUACACUCGGGAAUACCUCCAGGGAGGUUCAUGCUGA